AAUAUCUCUAAGGAUGGAGACUCCACACAAUCUCAUAGAGCAACUUUGCCAGCACUCAGUCACCUGCACAGUAAAGUUGUUGUUCCAGACAGAACACCUGUUUUCAGUUUGUGCCCACUGCUUCUCAUCACAACCGAAAAGAGCCUGGCUUCAUCUUCUUUACACCUCCCUUUCAGAUGUUUUUAUAUAUAUACUAAUUCUCAAGAAAAAAUCCUUUUUCUUUCUGCAUUGCUUUCUAAAAUCACAAUCCAUGUAAAACCAUCACCAAAGACCCUUUCUAGGACAAUUAUUUGCCCCAUUCUUUCUCCUUCUUAGCUGAGUCUACAAUAUUUAACUACAGUUCUAUAACAGAACUUACUUCAAUAUAGUUCAAGGUGAAAGGGCUUGUCCUGUAGAAUUAAGCUUAAGCUAAAAAAAAACAUGUUUCAGAGUUGGUCUUACGUAUGAAAAAUAAGUAUGUGUCUACAUUGCAAACAUAGACUGUAAUCCUUAAAGUUUUACUUCUCACUUUAGACCAUUUUAGAGGAUCCAAUUUUCAGAAGAUGUUGAGUAAUUCCACAUUUUCUUUUCCCUUUUGAAUCUCACACUUGAGAUACUAAAAAAUGUCACUUCCAGUCAUGAUACUUAGUCUUCAACUCUGUCAUAUAAAUGAAAUAUACUAAACAACAAAGUUGAGGCACUGAUAUUUGCUCUGAAUGAAGAAAUCACUACAAACAGAGUUGUUUGCAAGUCUGUUUCCCUUAGAAAUCCUGUUUAACUUUUACAAAAUACACAGCUGAAAAGCAAAAACUGCUUUGUUAUAGGUGAUGUUAUAGGUACAUAAAUUAUAGCAAACCCACUCCAAGUUAUCUUUUCCUGAUCUCCAUUUUCAUCAUCUACCUCCUUACUGCCUCUCCAUGGAUGAAUCAAUGAGAAAUAUUAUGCAGUAUCUAUCCAUGAACAUACGUCUCUUCAUACUUAAACAUGGGACUACAUUCUUUCCUUCACACGAGAUUACUACAUCUGCAAAGAAGUCUGAAAAUAAAGCACCAUUAGUAGAAGACUAAGUGUAACUUCAGCCAGUCUCCAGAACGUGGUUAGUGUUAUACUCUUUUUAUUUAGCUAAUAAGUAAAAAUCAGAAUACAUUCAAUUUUUUUCUAUUUUGCCUGUCAGUUCUGAUGGCAAGGCACAGCUGUUUAGUUUAGUUUAUAGAGUCAUAUGAAUGGCCUAUAUUUAAUCUGAGUAAUUCAUAGUAUUUGCUAUGAGCAUUUGAUAUUACUUUCAAUUAUGAAUAUAGUCUUCUCAGAAUGUAAAGUAACUAGUACAUACUUGACUGGCUCUUAUGCUUGCGCAAGCUGAUGAAGCUCCAUUGAUUUCAAAUGGAGCAAUUCCAAUUUAUUGUCAGUAGAUAGUGUGAGAUAUUUGCAUAGUUACAAUAACUCUUUCCUGUGGGCACGGAGACCCUAAACUAAUCUUUCUUUUCAGAAAGCAGCUUCUACUCUCCAAAGUGUAGCCAUAGAUGUAUGCACAAAUAUACACAAAUAUUUUGUUCAUGUUCUUGUAUGUGAGCAACAUUUAUGCUCCAAUUGUUUUACAUAUGUCAGUUUCUACAUAUGUAUGUUGCACCAGUUCCCAAAAGGAGAAUGCAGGCCUCUUUUUGCCUCACUGUCACAUAGCAAGGAUAGGAAAGGACUACACAUUUCAGAAUCUGUAGUCAUGACUGAGAAAAUUAAGGAGAGAAUGUUCCCUGUGCAGUGAAAGAAAAGGUAUUGGUAGUUUAGUAAAACCCCAAGAUUCAGCCUUCUCUCUACUAUACUUUAGAAAUAUAAAGGUACUAAUAGCAAAACACUUUAGAAAAAGCAGUAUUUUGUUUACUUUAAAAAGUCAGCAACUUUCUCAUUCAGUAAAAUGUUUAAAUACUGAAUAUUUAUUUUUUUACAAAACAUCUUUGAAAAUGUCUGAUAUUCAAAGUGUGUGGUCCUAUUCUAUGAAAUGACAUGCCACUUGGAUUUUUCAGUGCCAGAUCUAUAGGUCAAUGUUCAUCUGAUUAAAAUUUUUUUCUUAUUUUACUUAUGUAAUUUAACCCUGGAUUUCUGGUCCAGUGAGUACAAUAUGCAGUCCCUAACAGCAGACAUUACCUGCUGCUGAGGUGAUGUUGUAGGAAACUUUGAUCAUCUCCAACUUUAGUGAACCCAAAAAUAAAGUUUUUAAUAUUUCCAAAUGAUACUUUAAAAAUAUUAAGAUGUAACUUUCUUGAAAGCAGGUCCUUUUCAGGUUCUGUUUUACAGUCUGAUUCUGAAGUACUGUUGCAUGUGUGAACUAUAAUACAGAGGAGAGCGAGCCCUUGACUUGAGCCAAGAGGUGCCAUCUAACUUUUACAUCUAUGAUGUAAAAGGAAAAAUCUUUGUUCAGGAUGUGCACGAAUGCACCCUUCACACAUGCAUGACAGCUUUCUAUCUCUGUUUAGUGUAGUGAACUUGUCUGCUGAGCUCUAUAAAUGUGUAUUACUCUAGAUUCAGUUAUGGCAACAGACAGGUGUAUGGUUCUUGGUGGUAGUUCAUUUCUUUCCUGUACUUUUUACUGUAAGUGUAUCACUUGAAAAACAUAAUCAAGCAGUCAUCUUUUAAAUGCUAGCUGACCUGCUAGAUGAUAUAGCCCAUGUAACAAACUGCUCAAUGAGGUGUACUGGGCUGCUGUCUCAUGUGUUUUUUUCCUGAAAUCAUCCUACUGUAAACAAGAAACUUUAUCUGACACAAGAAAACAUACAAACUCAAACAAAAAGAGACUGAAUCCUGAAGAAAAAGGUAUUGUCUUGCAUUCUGUAUUCUUUGUUUAGAAACCUUUGAAGCUUUUCGUCAAAAUGCAAUUAUAUUGUCUGUGACAAUCCAUUUCAUCAAGUGUAUAAUCCUGGUGCAAAAUAAAGGUCUAAACGACCCUUUUAUCACCAUCUGCUGUUGUAUCAGCAUACUGCAGAGCUAGGGAGCAUGCCUGCCUGCAGGAGAUGUAAAGUUAACCAACUUAAUGGACAGAGUGCCUUCUAUUUAGUUCUGGAAUUACAGCACAAUUUUGCAGUGCUUAAUUGCAGGUAAAAAUAAUGUUGAGAUAUGAAGACAAAGUAUCACAGUGAAAGUGCCAUCUCAGGAAGACAAUUAGAUUUUUGAGCUUAAGAUAGUUUCCAGGUUAAUUUUGAAUCCAUGGGCAUUAUGUCUUCAAUACUACACUGUUGCUUGCUUAGGGAAGGUUGGAGAUGGUAAUUCUGGGGCUGCCUUUUCAUUUGAAACCAGACUAAGUUAUUUCAAACUAAUACAGCUGAAAAUCCAAAUUUCGUAGAUACAUAUGCAAGUUCAUAUAUGCUUUGCUAGUCAAUGACUGCAGUUCCAUAACUUUGAGUGGCUUGGAGACAGGAAGAAUACAGUAACAAGUAGAAAGUAAGAGGACAUGGGGAAGAGAAUGUGGAAAUUAGGGAAAAGGAAGUAGUAUUUAAAAAAGAAGACUGACAACAAGGGAAAGUCAGGCUUUCAGAAAUAGCUGAAGGACCUGACUGACAGUAAUGGUGAGAGGGUCUGAAACCAUGGUCUUAACUUUUCAGUAGUGUCAUUAUUAGUCCCUAGCAUUCUAGACAGAAAUUUUAAAAAGGGACCAUGAAUUCCAGUACAUGGAUCCAAGAGCAGAGAAAAAAUAUACGUAAACACCCCCCAAAAAAUCAACAUUUAUUUUGUGGACUGUAUAGCGAGACUUAGUGUUUCCUUACAAAUUUACUAUGGUACCACAGCAUGAUAUUCAGGGCAGAACCUUAGGAAGCAUCUUUUUAGUUUUGUUUGCUACUCUAAGUUUAUUAAGUUUGUACACAAUCUCAGUUGUGUAAUAUUGGCUAUGCCAAUACGACUGUGGUCAACUAGUAGAAAACUGCCUUUCCUGGCUUCAAGAAGCAGUGGUAGAGGAAAUAAGAGUGUCUUGUAAUAUGCAUGAUUUGUGCCAAAACUAAGUGAUGGUCAUUUUACACUGGAAUAUAGGCUGUCAUUUAUGUCCAGUGAGAUGUCAGCUGUAAAUCCAGACCGUUCUUCGUUCUGAGCAGAACUGAAACUGAAAGUGAAGUGAAUAAGUUGUACAUAACACGCACAGGUAUUAAAUUUAUGCCUAUAUUUUUAAUUAUAAUUAUUUCCUUGAAGGGAACAGAGAUGUGAGCAAAAGGCUUAUCUUGUAUAAACCUGUAGACCCUGGAGUGAAACUCAACUUACAAUUGAAGUCUGGCAUACAGACCUCCAGUGAGUAUGAAGUAUGAUUCAGUAGAGUUGGCAUAAUUCAUCUAGAGAUAAUCAAGUAUUUUUUGUAGUUAAAUUUGACCUAGGCUAGGCUUUGCAUAGAGGGUAGCCAUUGCUGUAGUGCUUCAAAUUAAAAGUGCUUCUUUAUAAUAUAAUAUUGGCAUAAGGCUACCUGAAAAAUUAACCAAGCACUUUGGAGUAGUGCUGGUUUUUGUUAAUAGUGUAUUACAUUUAUAAAUUUAAAUUUAAAAUUGAUAGGUUUUGUUGAUGCUACUAAUGUCAAUGGGUCCAGCCCUUUGCUUAAUACUAAGUGCUUUGCUGAAUGCUAGUGUGACAAUUCAGAAUUUGGAUAAACUGCUGCCUUAAUCCUAAGCACCUCUAGCCAACUAUUUAUCACCCUAAUGCCCUUCUGUUUGAUAUUUACUUCUUUGAACAUUGCUACCUUACUCUUUUUGCAAAUCCAUGUUUGCAUUGAUGUCAUAAAGUAAGCAGAAUGAAUGUGUGAAAUUGCUUGUAAAAUUAUCAAAUGAAAUGAAUAGCAAAUAUGAUGACUUUUUUUUAAAAGUUGGAUUAGGAAACUGUCAGCAAUGAUGCACUCUGCUAAUGCUUACUAGAGCUGAACAGUAUAUAUAUAAGUCUGCACAAAGGAGGCAGCUAGGCAGAUCUCAGGAUCCUCAAGGCUCCCCAUAGUUCCAGAAGAAAGAGUAGCAGAUCUUUCUCCAACUGCUACAUAUCACUUCAAAAUAUAAAAGGCAAUGAAAAUGAAAAGUAUUUAUUUUAUUGCUGGACUCCUUUUAAUGAUAGUUCAAGGCAGCUGGCAAAAUCCUCUUCAGGAAACAGAGGAGAAAUCAAGAUCAUUCAAAGCCUCCCAGUCUGAACCAUUAGAUGACUCUAGACAGCUGAAUGAAGUAAAGCGUCAUUCACAAGGCACAUUCACCAGUGACUACAGCAAGUACUUGGACAGCAGACGAGCUCAGGACUUUGUGCAAUGGUUAAUGAGCACUAAAAGAAAUGGCCAACAAGGACAAGAGGACAAAGAGAAUGACAAAUUCCCAGACCAGCUCUCAAGCAAUGCAAUUUCCAAGCGUCAUUCUGAAUUUGAGAGACAUGCUGAAGGCACCUACACCAGUGAUAUCACUUCUUAUUUGGAAGGUCAAGCUGCCAAAGAAUUCAUUGCUUGGUUAGUGAAUGGACGAGGAAGAAGAGAUUUCCCAGAAAAAGCUUUAAUGGCUGAAGAAAUGGGCCGAAGACAUGCAGAUGGCACUUUCACAAGUGAUAUCAACAAAAUCCUGGAUGAUAUGGCUGCCAAAGAGUUCCUAAAAUGGCUGAUUAACACAAAAGUUACCCAAAGAGACCUUUUGGGAGAAUACCAGUAAGAAUGCAGAAAAAAAUGGGAUAAAUGGAGAUCUUCACUGCCUCAAUACCAGCUACGAAGAGAUUCUGAAAUCUAUAUUGUCAUUUACAUAGGUUAUAACAAAGCUGUGUCACUUUGCAUGCCAGAAAAUAAUUGUAGUGUCAUUUAAUGUUGCCAAAGGAUUAUAUAUGGAAUACCUACCGUCUAAUGGAUGGUUAUCAGAAUAGUUUUAAGAUUAUGAAAGUUCCAAUUCUUUAUAUUUUCCACUUAUUUGAACUGAAAUAACACCAUUUAUAUUUACUUAUGAAAUUAUUUUUCUAAAAAUUGACUUAUGCACACAAAUGAUUCAAUUACCAGUUAUUACCUUGGGACUGGCAGCUGCAAAUGUCUGAAAAGUAAAUAUCCCUGUUGAAACCUUUGUUAUAAAAAGGCUAAGCUUUAAGGAUAUUAAAUAAUAGCCUUAAAUAAAUUUUUUUCAAGCUUCUUUUCUGUUGA